AUGGCCUGGCCAGCCUUCCUGUCCUCGCUCGCGCCCUCUUCCCUCUUUCCUCGCCUCCAAGGAUGGUUCACCCUGCCUCGCCGGCUCACGCGAGACCUCGUCCUCGGCCUCCUCCUUGGGAUUUCGCUCUCCCUUUCGUCGACAUCGGCGGCUUUGCUGUUACAGCAGUAUAAGCGCAAGAAGGCUAUCCAGCGGAUACCGCCCAGGCCUAUCGAGCUACGUGCGGAGGAGAUUGGCAAUGGGAUGAUAGGUCUGAUAGGCAAUACACCGUUGAUACGGAUCAACUCGCUCAGUGAUGCCCUCGGGGUCGAGAUAAUGGGCAAGUGCGAAUUCUUGAAUCCAGGCGGAUCCGUCAAGGAUCGCGUGGCUCUCCGGAUCAUCGAGGAUGCAGAGGCGGAUGGACUGCUUCAUCCCCACACAGGCUCGGUGCUCUUUGAGGGGACUGUUGGGAGCACAGGGAUCUCCCUAGCUACGGUCGGCAGAGCAAAGGGUUACGAAUGCUGCAUCAUCAUGCCGGACGAUGUGGCUAUCGAGAAGGUACAGGUGCUCGAGAAGCUAGGGGCUAGGGUCGAGAGGGUACGACCAGCGAGCUAUGUCGACGAGAAACAAUUCGUCAACAUGGCCCGAAAGCGAGCGCACGAGUUUGGCCGUAAAGAGCUCGUUUCUCACUGCUCCGCCGAGGACAGUGACGAGACCCAGCCCGACCUCCUCGUCACCAUCUCCCAAACACCCGCCGAUUCUUCCCGCAACUCCUCCAUAACCGACUUCUCCUUCCCCUCCUCCUCCACAUCCACACGUCCUGCUACCCCACUCGAAACCUCGCCUCAUCCCUCUCGCAGUCCCUCGCCCCCGCCCGUAUCCCGAUCAGGUCGCACUCGCGUCCGCUUCAACCCCUCCGCUUCCGCUUCCGCCAUCGCGGCCGCCCAGCGUCCCCGCGGUUUCUUUUGCGAUCAGUUUGAGAACCAGUCCAACUUUGAUGCGCACUAUCACGGGACGGGACCGGAGAUUCUGCGGCAAACGAGCGGGAAUUUGGAUGCGUUCGUGAGCGGGGCAGGGACCGGAGGGACGAUCAGUGGGACCGGGAAAUAUUUGAAGGAGCAUGUGAGGGGGGUGAAGGUGGUCAUGUCGGAUCCGGAAGGAUCGGGACUGUAUAAUAAGGUCAAGUAUAAUGUGAUGUACGACUCGAAAGAGAGCGAGGGGAAGAAGAGGCGUCACCAGGUCGAUACGGUAGUCGAGGGGAUAGGGAUCAACCGGAUCACGCAUAACUUUGCUCAGGGAUUAGACAUUAUCGACGAUGCUUACAGAAUAACGGACGUCGAAGCUGUUGCCAUGUCGCGGUAUCUCGUGACCCACAAUGGGCUCUAUCUGGGCAGCUCGAGUGCUUGUAACCUUGUCGCGAGCGUCAGAUUGGCGAAGAAACUAGGAAAGGGCGCCAGAAUAGUUACCAUCUUGUGUGACUCGGGUUCUAGGCAUCAGAGCAAGUUCUGGAGCGAUGAUUAUCUCGCCAAGAAUGGGAUAGAGAUCACUCCAAGCUUGAUAGAUGAUAUGCUGGCUAGCUAG